AUGCCAGCAAAGAUCAUCUUAUCGGGAGCUACCGGCUUCAUCGCCCAGCACAUAGUCAAGGAGUUGCUAGCCAAAAACUACACCGUGGUUUCAACGGUGAGAUCGAUUGCCAAAGGGGACCACUUGUUGCAAUUGUUUGGGUCGUCGCCCAAAUUGUCAUACGAGAUUGUCGAAGACGUCGCCAAGCCCGGUGCGUUUGACCAAGUGUUGGAGUCCAAUCCCGAUGCCACGAUUUUCAUCCACACGGCAUCGCCAUUCCACUUCAAGACCGAUGAUGUCGCCAAAGACUUGUUGACGCCGGCAGUUGAAGGAACCAAGAAUGCCUUGAGUGCAAUCCAAAAGUACGGCAAAAACAUCAAGAGGGUAGUGAUUACCUCGUCUUAUGCCGCGGUGUCUACCGCUAGUGAGCAAAACGACCCCAAAAGAGUGUUCACUGAAAAGGACUGGAACCAAGUGACUUGGGACGAGGCGGUGUCGAAUGCGUUUAUGGGAUACAGAGCCUCAAAGACCUUUGCCGAGAGAGCAGCUUGGGAUUUCAUCAAGGAGAACGACAGUCAGUUCAUCUUGACCACCAUCAAUCCAAGUUUUGUAUUUGGUCCGCAGUAUGCUGACGUGAAGGAGAACUUGAACACUUCCUCCGAGGUCAUCAACGCCAUCACCAAGUUGAACCGCGACGACAAGAUCCCCCCAUUCAAGGGAGGCUGGGUUGAUGUGCGUGAUGUCGCCAAGGCCCACGUGGCCGCGUUUGAAAAACCCGAGGCUGAACAUCAACGUCUCUUGAUGAAUACUGGUUUAUUCACCGAGCAAACCAUUGUGGAUUUGGUGAGGGCCAAAUUCCCCCAGUUGGAUAUCCCUCAAGGCACACCAGGCUCAGAUGUUGAAACUCUUGCUGGAUUGGCCCAGAUUGAUAAUUCAAAGACGAAGGAGAUCUUGGGUUGGGAGUUUAUUGGGUUUGAGCAAUCUGUUUCCGACUCGAUUCAACAGAUUCUUGAUGCUAGAAAGAGCACUGCAAAUAUGUAG